AUGGGAGACAACUUCAUGUGUGGACUUGACUUAUCUCGGCUCGUGUCUUGUAAUAAAUCACCGGGUGAACUGAAGUGGCGCCACAACCAGCAGGUCAUUAUUAUUGUCCGGUGUCCCACAACCUGGACGGUUGCUAGAAAACUUCCACAUCCAGCCCGGGAGCUCCACAUCAGGGAACACGGGACAGCCCCUUUGCAGAAAAGCCACACCUUAAGCUCCGAGUUUAUGAUCCCGGGCUUCGGGGAUCUGGCCAAACUGCACUUCUCUUUUGGACUCCUUUUAAUCACGCACCUUGUCACCCUAGCAGGGCACACAAGCAUCGCGCUCAUCAUCCUCAUUGACUCCUGCCUCCAGACGCCCAGGUGUUUCUUUCUUCCCAAUCUGUCCGCCAUUGACAUUUGCUGUAUAUGGGUCAUUGUCCCCAGCACGCUGGCCAGUUUCCUCUCCAGCAGCCAGCGGAUGCCCAUCCGGGGCUGUGCCUUGCUAAUGGACCUCCUCAUUGCUCUGGGAGGAGCAGAGUGUCUCCUCCUCACUGUGAUGGCCUAUGACCACUCCGCCCUCUGCAACCCCUUGCGCCACACGCUCACCAUCGCCAAGGCCCUCCAUCUGCAGGUGCAGGCUCUGGCGUGCGUCUGUGGCUUUGCACUCUCACUCACCCUUGCCACACUAAUGCUCCUCUUACCCUUGGGCCGGUCCCUUGAUAUCAGUGAUUUCUUUUGCGCCAUCCCUGCCGUGCCAUUCCUGGCCUGCUCAGACACGCAAGCUGAGGAGAUUGCAGCCUUCCUGCUCUGCAUGCUCACCCUGUUGAUUCCCUUCUUGCAGAUACUGCCCUCCUGUGGAUUCAUUACCACUGCCAUCCUCAGAACCCAUUCAGCUGAGGGCAGGAGCAAAGCCUUCUCCAGCUGUGCUGGGCACCUGCUGGUCUCUCUUCUGCACCAUGGCUGCGCCAGACUCAUACACAUUCACCUCAAGUCACGCUACAGCCCGGGACAGGACAGAAUCGUGCCCUUAAUGUACACCAGUGUAACUCCCACGCUCUACCCUGUGACCUCCUAUAUACGUAACCUCCGGAACAAGGAAGUCUAGUGUGCCCUCAGGGGGCUCCUGGAGAGCCACAGGCAGAUGAGGCGGCAGCUCAAUGCCAAGUGA